AUGGGAAUCCUACAGGUUGAUGAGCUGGAUACAGGCAUUACAAAUGAAAAUAAAAAGCAGGGCGACACUCUCACACAGACAUGCCCAGCUGAAGAAUGCAAGAACUCUUUGGACUACAGGAAACAAGAUCAUCUGAAAACCUUUAAUGACCUUCAGUGCGACAAUGAUGUUAUUCCCACUGGAUGUAAUACUGAAAACAGCACUGAUGACGUUCAAGAGAUUCUACAGGAGAGUCCGAAGACAAAAACGACACCAGACUACAAAACACAGCCAGAACAAGAGAUAGUGAAUGAUUUUGUCGAUGAGGAUGACUUCCUGAAGGCUGCACUGGAUAACAAAUUGCCCAUGAUCAAAUGUUACCUCGCCAGGGGUGCAGACCCAAAUGCAUGUGAUAAUUUUAACCGUACAGCUUUACACAGAGCUUGCUCACAAGGCAAUGUAGAGAUUGCGAAAACGCUGUUGGAGGCUGGCGCUUCAAUAGAAAAUAAGGACAAACUUCAAGCAACUGAAGUUCACUGGGCUUGUCGUGGUGGAAGCUUGCCUGUGCUAAAAGUACUACUUAACCAUGGGGCAAAACUGGAUUCCAGAGACAAGCUUCACAGCACUCCCCUCCAUGUGGCAGUGAGGAUGGGACACUAUGAAUGUGCUGAAUAUCUCAUACACAGUGGCGUAGACAUCAAUGCAAAAGACAUAGAGAAUGACACACCACUGCAUGAUGCGGUCAGGCAGAAUCGCUUCAAAUUCAUCCAGCUGCUUCUUCUGCAUGGAGCUGACUUAAAACUCAAGAAUUACGAGGGAAAGUCCCCAAUGGAUAGUGUUUGUGAGUGGCAGAAUGGAGCUAAAUCCCUCUUUGACAACUUUAAGGAUGGUAACAAAUAGCAGAACAAGACACACUUGACAACCACAC